AAAUAACACAGUUUUUCUUUGAAACAUUGGCUUCAACAAUCAGAUUGGCUUCCUACCUUGGAAGCCAACCUUGCAUUGGAUGAGGAAUCUGUCAGGAGCGUGGGAGAUGACACCAUUGGACGACCUGCUGCCUGCUGUCUCUCGGCAGUUGCAAAUAACACACAUUGAUGAGGGAUCUCUUGAUUGGAGUAUGUAUAUCUUAAUUGUAUUAUUGUAUUAUCUGUGCACAAAUAGUUGCCAUUUGUUGUGCACAACUACAGUGUGAGGUGUUUGUUUUGCUUACUUAAGGUGACCUACUUGCAGAGUCAUGGACUUUCUGAUAUAGAGUUGAGGCUGGAGAAUGUGCAGAUAAGCCCAGUGGAUAGGCAUAUUAAAGUAAAUGCAAGCUUCCCCCCCUCUUAUGCUGUUUUUUUAAUUUUAGAUUCUCUGUAUUUAGAAUUAAAUUUGAUAUAUAUAGAAUAAGGAAAGAAAUUCUUGAAGGAAAAGGGCGUUUGAGGAAAACUCUGGUUGAUUUAUGCUUUCUGAUAUGACAACACGAUGCACAACAAUUUCAGUUUACCUAUUGAAGUCAGCUCGUGUCCUGAUUGGUGACGUUUAUCUAACUAUAAAUAGAGCAUCAAAAAUAAAUACUAGUAUUUCCUUCACUUCGGACAUUGGCUUCACGGUCAUGAAUGGUCGAGACUGGCCUAAUGAAAAAAGUGAUAUAACUGGGAAAUUGGAAGUUAACUCGUUAUUCCGGUUGACAUCUGGGAGACGGUUGUAUCUUAAGGAGGAAAAGACAUCAGAGAAGUUAUCCUUUGGGCAACCAAACAAUCAAGAUUCUUUAGCCCAGAAAUUAUCAGCUAAAAAAUGGGGGAAACUUGUCCCGUAUAAGGAGUUUCCAUCGAGCCUUCCUGCGGCCAAACUUGUUUCAGCUGACAUUGAGGUGACAAUGAGUCUCGGGGACAACCUUAAUCAAAAUGAUGUUCCACCAAGCAGUAUAGUUCAACAACUUCGCGUGCAAGUUCCGCCUGAGAUGUUUGAUUUGUCUAGGCUCGUCUGUCGAACAUAUGUGGACUCCAGACUGCUAGUCCUGCGCGGGGUUAGUGGAUCAGCUCUCUUAUUUACAAGAUCUAUGUGUUGAUGAAACCAGUAGAUGGCCAUUCCGUGCAAGUACUGUAGAUAGAAAUUGCUGUUGGGAAUGUAAGUAGCAGUUGUGUUCUUGCUCGUGUAAUUUGUACAAUCGAUUAAUCGAAGAAGAUCAACCUUUUCCAAAUGCAGUGCGGCCUGAUAUCCGAGUGGCUUGUCAAA